AUGGCCCCGCUGGUGGUGGACGUCCAGGUCGCCCCAGAAGGUCCAGUGCGGAUCCAGGUGCCUGCGGGCCCCGGCCACCGGGAGCGCAAUUUCGACCGCCCGAGGGAUGAGGCGUUGGAAAAAACGCUCCGGCGGAUGGGGCUCUCGCUGGCGCCGCAGGCCCCAAAGGGUAAAGAGCGGUCCGUGCGCGAGCCUCUGCCGCUGACCCUGUUGGACACCGAGGGCCGCACCAUCGACGGGAGCCUCUCGCUCAGCGCCGCCUUCGCGGCCGGCUUCGCGACGGCGUUGGCAGUUGGGCUGCGGCGAUACCGGGUGCGGCUGAACCGCCCGGAGGUCACGAAGAUCGAGUGCCUCGACGGGCCCCUCGUGGGCUGCCCAUUGCUGCCGUCCGCCGAGGCGCAGUUCUGCCGCCCCGACCAGCUGGCGUGGGAGUGGCGGCGGGAGUCCGAUGGCGUCGUGGUCGGCCAGGGGCGGCGCUACGUCCCGACGGCGGCCGACCGCGGCAGCCGGCUUGGCGUCGUGGCACGGCCCCUGGGCGACGAGCACGACGGCGACGGGGGCUCCAUUUCUGCACGUUGGGUUUCCGCUGAGCCAGUCUCGCUGGCGCCGCCCGAUGUGGGACGAAGCGGGGCGCGCGUUGCCGCACUUCAGCGGCAGCUCGAGGCAAGGUCGCGAGCCUCCAGUGGAGGGCACGAUGUGCUGCGGAUUGUAUCUUAUAACGUGCUCGCCGACGCUUACAGCCACUAUUGGGACCAGGCCUUCCCUUAUUGCGGCGCGGAGUUUCUGAGACCCGAGUAUCGCCUCCAGCUGCUGCGGCUGGAGCUGUGCGCGUACGACGCCGACAUUGUCUGCUUGCAGGAGGUGGACGAGCGGUGGUUCCAGCAGUACUGGGAGCCCCAGCUUGCUUCGGAGGGCUACGAGGCCCGGUUCACCCCGAAGACCAGUGGUGCGGGCGAGGGCUGCGCGGUGCUGUUCCGCAGGCACCGCUUCGAGCUCCUGGAGCUCCGCGAGCUCGACCUGACGCGGCCGCCGCGCGUGGACGUCCGCGAGAGCGGCACGGAGGCCGCCACGGGCGAGCUGUUGGCCGCUUGCCCAGCGCUCGCAGAUCUGUGGAGCCGGCUUGGGCAGGUGGCGCAGCUCGCCCUGUUGCGGUGCCGUUCGUCUGGGCGGACUCUGUUGGCCUGCAACACGCAUCUGUAUUUUGCCGGCAUGGCCAGACACGUGCGGAUCUUGCAGAGCGGCUUGAUAUUGGGCGAAGCCAGCAGGAUGGCCGCUGACGCAGCUACGGACGCAGGCGUGCGGCCAGCUCUGGUGUUGUGCGGAGACUUCAACAGCACGCCUGCAGCCGCGGACAUGCUGCGGGCGCUGCGGUCCGAGGAACCUGGGACCAGCUUCGCGCGGCUCGCUGGCCGCGGCAGGGGCGGGGCGCUGGAGCGCCAGAGGCGGAUGAGGGCCUGCCUGGCGGUGCUCACUGGCGCAGCACCGCACAGUGGCGGCGGUGAGGCGCCCGAAGAGAGCGAGGAGGCGCCCCCUCCGGCAAGCCCAGCUGGCACGAGCGUUGCACAUUCCAGCCUGGGCAGCGGCCGACACGAGACCGCCGAGACGGCGAAGCAGCCCUCCGCGCGCGAUGUUCUAGAGGCGGCUCUCGCGGCAGGCGCGACGUUCCGCAGCAGCACCGUGGUCGCCGCGGCCCAGCUGGCGUUGGACGCCGGGUUGUCGGGCGCUCCAGUCGUGGCCUUGAGCGAGGAGAUGCUCAAGCGUGCGACUGAAGCUGCCACUGCCGAGGCGGCCACGGCGGAGACAGAGAUCCAGGAUGCCAUCGACGAGCAGGCAGCCUGUUCCCAGCAAGCCGAGGCCGUCGCCAACGACGGAGUGCGCGCGUCACGAGUGGGCAAGGGGCUUGAGAUGAGGCACCACCUCUCUUUGGCAUCUCGACAGGCGGAAGCAUCGGCGUACAGCCCACCGCCGCCGUUCACGAACCUCGUCAGCGGGUACGCCAGCACCUUGGAUUGGAUCUUCUUCGACAGCAGCCGACUGGCCCGGGCUGCCGAGGCCCCCGUGCCAGACCGGGAGGAGCUGGAGGCGGAGGCCACGGCGCUGCCCUCGCAGAGGUUCCCCAGCGACCACGUCCUGCUCGCUGCAGACCUGGAGUGGCAGUGA